AGAUCUGGAAUCUUGAGUUUCCAAAUCUGGUUAGGCGGCACUCCAUUCGGGGAUUGGUGAUUGCAACACCGCCAUGGUGAUUGCGUGGGCGAUACAACCACUACUUCGAUGAUGGGCAUAAUUUGGAUCUCUUCAUUCUUCUAUUUCUUCCCAAUUUGUCUUACCGUCUAAUUUUAUUUGUGAUGCUUUGAAUCGAUCUUGCUAUUUCUGAAUUCUACUUGAUGUUUGAGUGGUUCUGUUGCCAUUUCUCAAUUUUUAUUUUGAUUUCUAUUUCACCGGUGAGAUUGUUUUAAUAUUUGGGUAUUUUUGGGUAAAACAUAAUUGGGUCUGCUUUGAAUGAUUUUGUGUAUUAACAGAGGAAGGAAGAGAAAUAGCUUUUGUCGUCAUUGGUAGAUAUCCAUAUUCAAACAUUGUUGGGCUGCUUUAUCAGAAUGAGUAUUUAGCUUCCAAGCCUUUACAUUUUGUUGUGAUGAUGAUUGCUCUUGGUAUUAAUUAACUGUGAUUGUUCUUGGUAUGCAAAUUUUGUUAAAUCCUUGCUCUGUGUAUUCAAAGCUUGGAAAGUGUUUGGAUUUUAUCUUUUGGGAUGUGAUUUCUUUCUGUUUGAUUUCACUUAUGUGAGAAAAAGUUUUGGUUGGUUCAUGAAUUUUAGUUCACCGGUGGGUUUUCAUUGAACCUUGGACACAAUCAAAAUGAGAAGUUUUUCUAUGAUUUUGUCUUGGUGUAGAAUAUAUGAUUAUGGAAGUGGAGUGGGUUAAAAUUUUGUUGCUUAAUUUUUGUUUGAAUACUGAUAAAGUGAGACAAUUGAGUAGGAUUGAAGGUGGUUCGGCGUCCACCACCACCAACCUCUAGCCCAUCGCCGGAGCAAUAGUUUCUCCGACGAUGGGUUUCUAGUUUUCAUUUUUCUCUUAUAUAUUUUAAUAUUAAAUAUUUAUUCAUGUGGGAAAACGCAAAAACAAUGGCAGUUGGUUUUUUUGGUCCAAGUCAGCGUCGUAUCAUUGCCUAGUCAUCCUUUGUUAAUCGGGCAACAGGGAGAUUGUGGGAAAGAUGGUGUUUCCCAACGAUCAUAGUUAACAGAAUGGGUGAUUUGCCGCUGCUCUUAAGUAGAGGGGCUCAAUUGCACCUUCUGCCCAUCAUGAUGAGGUAGAAGUCGUCUCACACCGUACAUUUAUUUUCUCUAAUCGGAGUACGUAAUAAUUAUUCAUUUUAUUGUUUCUCUGUGCACUGUAAUAUUAAUCAGGUAGGAAAAUAGCAUUGC